GACGUAAAGGGCGCAAAUAUACAAGGGAGGUGUUUAUAACAAGUUGAGACGCUUCAGCAAAAAGAGAAGAUGCACAACUGGCAGGAAAACGAGAUCAAGGAACUUCUGACGAUCCGGGGAUCGGACGCGAUCCGCAGCCAGAUCACGGGCACGGUGAAGGACUCGGUGGUGUACAGCAGGGUGACCAAACUGCUGGCGGAGCGGGGGGUGUACAGGUCACACAUGCAGGUGAUCAGCAAACUGAAGGCGCUGAAGAAGCAGUACAGCAAGUACCACCAGCAGAAGAUCCGCAGCGGCAGCGAUCGCGUCAACUGGCCGUUUUACGACCUCUGCCACCGGGUGUUCGGGUACGUCCCCGUGGUGAACCCGGUGAAACGGCAGCGGAGCCCCACACCUCCACGCACAAUCACACCGCCGCUUCCCUCUCCGCCGCCGCCGCCGAUCAUCAGCGACGAGCAUCAUGAGGUUGUAGUCGGGCUCUGGGACGAUGUUGACGACAAGGAGCUUGACAGGCAUCUGGGUCCACUGGAGGCGGAGGAGGAGGAGGAGGAGCAAUACAGCCCACCAGAGCAGCUACAGCCCAUCACCACCAACCAUCAAAGCGAACGUCCAUGGAGCCGACGCAGAAACCAGUCAGAGUACACAAUGCCGCCAAAGAGAAAGAAAAGGACAGUGAUGGACCAAGUCUCUUCACUGGUGUCAGCAACAGUCACCCAGCUCAGAGAGAUGGACGCUGCCAUGCAGGCGCAGGAGGACGCCCGGCUUCAGAGGCUGAUGGACCAUGAGAAGGAAAUGCAGAACAAUUUAAUGAGUCAGCUGGUCGCCAUGCAUGAAAGAAUGAACCGAGAAAACCACGAGAGACACCUUGAACUCGUGGACAGAAUACUGUCGAGGUUCCCUUCACCUUCAGCACCUUCGGGUCACUGACUGACACUUUACGUAAGAGUGACGGCAUACAAUGAGGUUAUUCAGGCGAAGUUAACACCUCUGUCUCUCUCCUUCACCAGCUGACUUGUGCCUAAACCCUCAUUCCUUUAUUUUUAUUUUUCAAUGAUGUAGGAAAAAAUAAGAUAUUCUUGCCUUUAACCUCGACUCUGCUCACCUGUGUCUAAUACAAAUCCAGGUAAAAAACAGGACAUGGUCACACUGCAGGCCUUCAUCCUUUUGUUUUGAUCGAGUUCUCAUAUAACUUUAUUUUUAAUCUUUUUGGUCAAACCUCGAACAACAGACAGUGAUGCUGAAAUUAGUGCAAAUGCACAAUGAUAGAACACCAAUUUGAAAGGAACAAUGAAGCAGCGUCAUGGUUAAUGACUCUAGAGCCGUCAAUAAUCCUCCAAAAAUAACUUGAUAACUUGCAGAUGAAGUACUCAUACUGUGUUACAUUGAAUUCAUGAAGAGAGCCUCUCAGACGCCUCCACAGUGAAUGAAGGAUCCAGAAAGCGAGAGAAUUGUUGGGGAAUUGGAGUAAAAGGGGGUAAAAGUGUUUUGAAUAGUAAAGUUUUAGUGAAAAUGCAUGUGUUUGGUAAGUCCUGAGCAUGCGACUGGAUAAAUAAAAUUCGAUUACACUGCACGAGGUGGGUGAGACUUUGUAAACGGACGUUUUAAUAUUGUUUUGCCAUAAUUAAAUACGGCCCCUUUUACUUCAGUUCAUUAUGACUUUUUGCCAUUUUUGAUUAUUUGUUCACUGUGGAGGCAGAACGUUUUAUCCAUGAAUACAACAUAAUACAAGGAGAAUAACUGAUACACAAAUGAUCAUUUUGUGGGUGAAGUAUUCUUUUCAACCGCAUAUUUUAAUUUUAUUUUUACCAUGCCACAUACAGUCAUAAAACAUUUAUACUCCAAAUAAUGAAGUCUAUUUACAUUGGCUAACUAGACUUUGAAGUGGUGGAUUUAUACUGUAUAUGUAUAAUCAUGUAGAGCCCAUCAAAACAUACACAAAAUUCAAAAGAUGUAUUAUUGUUACAUACUUGCAUCUCAUGACUUAAAACACGCUUAGAAAUCUCUGAACAAGUGUAUGAAAUCAUAGGAUUAUCAACACCUGCAGUGUGAAUUCAGCCUUCAGUUUACACGAAGAUCACAAAUGACCACAAAACGUAAUAUGGUCUGACGUAUGUAUGGAUGUACUGUACUUCUUUCACCACCUCACCUGAGCAUGAUGGUGUGAACCAAACUCCUCAGCAAAACAAAAACACAGGCAGCUUUGGUGUUUUGUUGUACGAAACUCUUUAUUGAGCAUUUGUUUUCAGUUGGUAUAAUUAUGCUGUUAGAGCUUUUCUAAUGUGUGACUUCAGUAAAUGAUAACGGUCAAUGGUAAAACUGUUGAAAUAUGGUGUUCGGAGAAAGUGCUCCUGUGUCAAACACGGAUGUAAAUAUCAUGUUUCAGUUCAGUCACUCCAGCAGUGCUCCCCAGAGGGAGAGGAAACCAGAGUUAAGCUAUUACUAUACGCACCACUGCAACGCUGUAGAAGAGAAGUCUGCACUCAGUGGUUCAUGAAUGGCAGUCUAUUUGUAGCACAGGUAAUAAAUAAUGUAUUGUGAUGGAUAUUGUGAGAGAAAUGAACACAAUAGCUGAUAGUUUGAAAUUCUGAGAAUAGGGGCUCAAGUCACUGUUCUGGAUGUCAUUCUUGUCUGACACGAAAUUCCCGGUUGCGUUUACUGCUGUCAGCAAUCCGGGAGAAAACGUGUCAUUGAAGAAAAACACCGUCUGUGUCAGGCACACUAAAGAUUCAGUCCUUACACUGCAGUAAAUCCCUGUUCAAAACGGACACACAGCAUUAAACAUACUCGUGUUAGCUUUCGCUUUCCUUUUAUUAUUUGAGAGAAACAAAACUGUAACUCCACCUUGAAUGGACCAUCUGAACCAGAAGGUUAGAGUUUAAGUGGCUCAGUCAACUGGCAUGUGCAUUUUUAUUGUAGAUACUUUUAUACUGUUAUAUACUGUUACCAGUGUUUUAAGUUUGUUUUUUCCUUUUAAAGAAAAAUAAAGUUUUCAACUGAAA